AUGGCGGAGGCCGCCCGGCAGUACCUGGCGCUGCCCUCGGGGUUGCUGGAGCUGUGCGCGCUGCUGGGGGCCCCCCGGGACAGCCUCCGUGGCCCCGAGCAGGUCGCCCAGAAAAAGGGAGUCAAGAGCCUGUCUUCUCUGGAUCCGGAGGUCCUGUCGGUCUUCGUGCCUCCGUUUGUCACUAAGGAGGACAGUCAGCCGGCCGCCGUGAACUGUGUGACGCUGGGUAAGGCCAGGAGGCGCUCCUUCCGGAAGAAGAGAGAGAGGCCCAAGGCGGAGCCCUCGAAGGGCCACCCCGGCGGCCCCAGGGGCCAGGACCCCGAGGACGUGGGCAUUCCCAACGGCGUGGACCUGCUCGCCCUGCCGCAGCUCUGCUUCCCAGGGGGCGUGUGUGUGGCCUCUGAGCCCAAGGAGGACUGUAUCCACUUUCUGGUGCUGACUGAUGUCUGCGGCAAUAGAACCUACGGCGUGGUGGCCCAGUACUACCGACCCCUGCACGACGAGUACUGUUUCUACAACGGCAACAUGCGCUGGGAGGCGUCAGGUCUGGGCCGGAGCGCGGCCGGCUGCUUCGUGCCCUUUGCCGUGUGUGUGGUUUCCAGAUUCCCCUAUUACAACGCCCUCAAGGACUGUCUCUCCUGUUUAUUGACUCAUCUGAAGAUCUGUAAAGAUUUCGAAGUUGACAAUCAUAUAAAAGAUUUUGCUGCAAAGCUGUCUUUAAUACCUAGCCCGCCUCCUGGACCACUCCAUUUGAUAUUGAACAUGAAACCACUACAGAUCGUAUUUCCCUCGAGAGCAGACCCCGAAAGCCCCCUCAUCGACCUGGACCUUCACCUGCCCUUACUGCGCUUCAGACCUGAGAAGGUGCUACAGAUCCUAACGUGCCUUCUGACGGAGCAGCACGUCGUGUUCUUCUCGUCCAGCUGGGCUCUGCUGACGCUCGUGGCCGAGUGCUUCAUGGCCUACCUGCACCCCCUGCAGUGGCAGCACACCUUCGUCCCCAUCCUGUCGCGGCAGAUGUUGGACUUCGUCAUGGCGCCCACGUCCUUUCUCAUGGGCUGCCACCUGGACCACUUUGAAGAAGUCAGCAAGGAAGCCGAUGGUUUAAUUCUGAUAAACAUUGACACUGGGAGCAUCACCUACUCUAACGAUGAGGACGUUGAUGUUCCUGACAUCCCUCUCCUGGCGGCACAGACUUUUAUUCAGAGGAUCCAGAGCCUUCAGAUGCACCGUGAGCUGGACCUCGCUCACCUCUGCGCCAGCACAGACCUGAAUGAGGGGCGAGCCUGCAGGCGGGCCUGGCAGCAGCGGCUCAACUGCCAGAUCCAGCAGAUCACCCUGCAGCUGCUCGUCUGCAUCUUCAGGGAAGUGAAGAAUCACUUAAAUUAUGAACAUAGGGUGUUCAAUAGUGAAGAGUUUCUCAAAACAAGAGCUCCAGGGGACCAGCAGUUUUAUAAACAGGUCUUGGAUACCUAUAUGUUUCAUGCUUUCCUCAAGGCUCGGCUCAGCAGAAGGAUGGACGCCUUUGCCCAGAUGGACCUCCACACACAGUCCGAAGAGGACAGGAUGGACGGGAUGCUCCUGAGUCCAAGAAGACCCACGAUUGAGAAGAUGGCCAGCCGGAAGUCCUCAGCCCCACAUGGGGCUCACAGGCGCAUGGUGGUCAGCAUGCCCAACCUGCAGGACAUCACGGUGCCUGAGCUGCCGCCCCGGAACUCGUCGCUGCGGAAGAUACAUACCGAGGAUGGUGGGAGCAGCCACACAGUUCUGGACGUGCCCCUCAAGUUGAUAUACACCUUCAAGAUCCCGGAAAUCCACUUUCCACUGGUGGGCCAGUGCGUGCAGGCGUUCCACGCGGACUGCGUGGCCCAGCUGAGCAAAGCCAUGGCCUCGCUGCCCCCCGAGAACUCGGUGCUGCUGGCAAGGUACUUCUACCUGCGAGGGCUCGUCCAGCUGAUGCAGGGCCAGCUGCUGGGCGCCCUCCUGGACUUCCAGAGCCUGUACAAGACGGACGUGUGCAUCUUUCCCGCCGACCUCGUCCAGAGGACGGUGGAGUCCCUGUCGGCGCCCGAGCGCGCACAGGCCGAGCGGACGCCCGAGCUGCGCCGGCUCAUCAGUGAGGUCAUGGACAAGCCCGAGGAUGCCCCCAAGGCCGACGACCGCGUCAAGAACUUCGAGCUGCCCAAGAAGCACAUGCAGCUGGACGACUUCGUGAAGAGGGUGCAGGAGUCGGGCAUCGUGAAGGACGCGGGCAUCAUACACCGGCUCUUCGAGGCAUUAACCGUAGGACACCAAAAACAGAUUGACCCAGAAACAUUCAAAGAUUUCUACAACUGCUGGAAGGAGGCAGAAGCAGAGGCCCAAGAGGUCAACCUGCCUUUUUCGGUGAUGGAACAGCUGGACAAAAACGAGUGUGUGUAUAAGCUGUCAAGCUCCGUCAAAACAAAUCGCGGUGUGGGCAAGAUCGCCAUGACCCAGAAGCGCCUGUUCCUCCUUACUGAGGGGAGGCCGGGCUACGUGGAGAUUUCCACCUUCAGAAACAUAGAGGAAGUCAGAAGCACCACAGUAGCUUUUCUGCUCCUGAGAAUUCCCACUUUAAAAAUCAAAGUGGUGUCCAAGAAAGAAGUCUUUGAAGCUAAUCUUAAAACAGAGUGUGACCUGUGGCACCUGAUGGUGAAGGAGAUGUGGGCUGGGAAGAAGCUGGCCGACGACCACAAGGACCCCCAGUACGUCCAGCAGGCACUGACCCACGUCCUGCUGAUGGACGCCGUCGUCGGUGCACUGCAGUCGCCCGGCUCCAUCUACGCGGCCUCCAAGUUAUCUUACUUUGAUAAGAUGAAGAACGAAAUGCCCAUGGCAGUUCCGAAGACGACCUCAGAGACCCUGAAGCACAAGAUCAACCCUUCCGCAGGAGAGACCUUCCCACGCGCCAUCGAUGUCCUGCUCUACACCCCAGGGCAUCUUGACCCAGCAGAAAAAGUUGAGGAUGCUCACCCCAAAUUAUGGUGCGCUCUGAACGAAGGCAAGGUGGUCGUAUUCGAUGCUUCCUCUUGGACAAUUCACCAGCACGGCUUUAAAGUGGGCACUUCCAAACUGAACUGCAUGGUGAUGGCGGAGCAAAGCCAGAUGUGGGUCGGCUCGGAGGACUCGGUCAUCUACAUCAUCAACGUCCACAGCAUGUCCUGCAACAAGCAGCUCACGGACCACCGCUCCAGCGUCACGGGUCUGGUCGUGCAGGACAGAGCGCAGGCACCCAGCACUGUGUACUCAUGCAGCGCGGACGGGACAGUCCUGGCCUGGAACGCGAGCUCCCUGCGGGUGACCGGCAGGUUCCAGCUGCUGGGUGACGGGCUCUCGGCCAUCAGACUGCAUGGCGGCCGCCUCUGGUGCUGUACCGGUAACAGUAUCGUGGUCGUGAGCACGGCUGGAUUUCUUCAUCGAGAACUGAAGAUCGGCGAGAACUUUAAAGAGAUAAGCACCUCCUUCCUGGGUUUCCAGCUCAUGCCCGAGCAGGAGCAGCUCUGGGCGGCCUGUGCCGGGUACGACGACAUCUACGUUUGGAGCCUGCAGGACCUCGCCCAGCCCCCGCAGAGGAUCCACCUGCAGGACUGCUCCAAGAUCAACUGCAUGAUCCGGGUGAAGAAGCAGAUCUGGGUGGGCGGCACAGGGCUGUCGCAGGGAAGAUCCAAGGGGAAGAUCUACGUGAUCGAUGCCGAGAGGAAGACGGUGGAGAAGGAGCUGGUGGCCCACACGGACACGGUGAAGACCCUGUGCUCCGCGGAGGACAGAUACGUGCUGAGCGGGUCCGGCCGCGACGAGGGCAAGAUCGCCAUCUGGAAGGUCGAGUAA